AUGCUUGGGAAAACUCAGACAUACGGCAGCCUUAUGCAGGAUCCUCUUAUGUUGCUUGCAGCUGCAGGAAAUAACAAGUCAAAAUGGAGGCUCUCAGGUUAUGAUAGUGCUAGCAGUGUUGUUUGCCUCGUGCGCCUUUCCAACAGAAAGAGGGUAACAGUGCAGCAAAAAGCCAGUGGGUUUUAUAAGUGUGAUGGUGAAACCUUCCACUCUUUGUUCAAGAAGAUGUUCUCUCUGGAAUGUUUUAAGGGAAGCUGGGCUACUCACAAAUUAUUACACAAGAAAGCAAAAGAUGAAAAAGCAAAACGUGAGGUUUCCUCUUGGACCCUGGAAGGUGACAUUAACACAAAUCCCUGGUCUGGUUAUCGAUAUACUGGUAAACUCAGGCCACAUUAUCCACUGACACCAACAAGGCCUGUGCCAAGUUAUAUUCAGAGACCGGAUUAUGCUGAUCACCCACUAGGAAUGUCUGAAUCAGAACAGGCUUUAAAAGGAACCUCUCAAAUAAAAAUCCUCUCAUCUGAGGAUAUAGAAGGGAUGCGAGUAGUGUGUAGGCUUGCUAGAGAAGUAUUGGAUGUUGCUGCCAUGAUGGUGAAAGCAGGUGUAACUACUGAAGAAAUUGAUCAUGCUGUGCACUUAGCUUGUAUUGCAAGGAAUUGCUAUCCUUCCCCUCUGAAUUAUUAUAAUUUCCCCAAGUCAUGCUGUACAUCAGUGAAUGAAGUGAUCUGUCAUGGAAUUCCUGAUAGGAGGCCAUUGCAGGAAGGAGAUAUUGUUAAUGUGGAUAUUACUGUCUAUCGUAAUGGCUACCAUGGAGAUCUGAACGAGACGUUUUAUGUUGGAGAAGUUGAUGAGGGUGCAAGGAGGCUUGUCCAAACAACUUAUGAGUGCCUAAUGCAAGCCAUCGAUGCAGUAAAACCUGGUGUUCGGUAUAGAGAACUCGGAAACAUUAUUCAGAAACAUGCUCAAGCAAAUGGAUUUUCAGUGGUUCGGAGCUACUGCGGGCAUGGAAUCCAUAAACUUUUCCAUACAGCCCCUAAUGUGCCACAUUAUGCCAAAAAUAAGGCAGUUGGAGUAAUGAAGCCAGGUCAUGUAUUUACAAUCGAACCAAUGAUCUGUGAAGGUGGUUGGCAAGAUGAAACAUGGCCUGAUGGUUGGACUGCGGUAACAAGAGACGGAAAGCGAUCUGCCCAGUUUGAACACACUCUUCUGGUCACCGAUACAGGCUGUGAGAUCUUAACCCGGCGGCUGGAUAGCAUUCGUCCACAUUUCAUGUCCCAGUGAUAGUCUAAACUGAGUGGGUGGAUCUGAAAGAUUUAUAUAUUUUUUUUUGUCUCUGUACUAUGCAUUUUAUUAAGAGUACAGAAUAGAGGAGGAUUUCAUCAUUUAUUUUGUUCUCACUGACUGUAGAUAAGAGAGGAAUAUCUUGAAGAACCUGACCCACUGUCUGGAAAAGCAGAGAAGAAUUUAAAACAUUUUCUGCUUUCCUCCUACCUACCACACUCGUACUAUAUUUUUCUUUUGUCUUCAAUUACUUCUUUAGCAUCUUUCUUCCAAUUAGAUCUGCAGUUGCUUCUGUUUGCUGCCAUGAUACUAGCUAGAAAAGUGUGGGUUACCUUUCCCACGGGGACUUGAUAUUUUGGGAUCCAGGUUUUUUUCACUACUUCAGUGUGCCCUGUCUCUCUUGGUUUGUGAGUGGCACCUGAGUUUUAAGCGUUUCUAGUUCCAAAGACCUGCUCCUGCUUCUGCAGAUACUGUUGUAAUGGGCUGGGGCUUGUUUUUCAGGUGAGAAGAGUGGGGGGGGGGGGAGAAGGAAAAAGACAUGCAUUUUGCCAAGAAUAGUCUACCCUUACCUUUCAUUCUGUCCCAUUUCUCUGCUGAUUGCCUCUGUUAUAAUUGUGACUGUUGGUGACACACUGGGUUAAUGGCGGGACUUAUUUCUCUUGCUGGGGAUUGAUAGUACCGAUUCCCUACUGGGAGAAUUACUAAAUUCGGUCUUAAGUGCAGCUCCCUGGAACAAGCCGCUUCUCUGCAGAGCGGUGUUUGGCAGUCUCCUGCUCAGAAAGCUCAGUGAAACUGCUAUCUGACUUGAAUAGAGUAAGGAAUGAAACAAGAACCAAAAAACCCCCCACACUUCCUGGGAUCCCUGUGUGAGUUAACUGUGGGGCGUUUUCUAAAGGUACCUCCACUAUAGCUGUGGGAGAUUGGAUUUGCAAUCCAAUAAUGAGAUACGUAUAUAUCUCAGAAAAAGUCUGUGUGAGAAGAGGAAGCAUCUUCAAUUUUUUUUUUUUUGUAAUUUUCAAACAGUUAAGGUAUUUUCCUCGAACAGUUGAGUGAGUUGUUUCAUGCUUUUGAAAAGUCUUAGAGGGACAGCUGUGAACACUGAUCGUUUCCCUCAGAUUGGGUAUAGGGUAAGCAACGUUAGUAUAUACACCACUUUCUUUUCUAUUAAUGUGUCAUGCCAAGCUGGAAACUGUCACCUUAAGGACUGUGGACUGAUUAAGCCUCUGUCUUCUCCCCAUCCUUCUUUUUCCCCUGCCCACUUCCUUUCCAAAAAUCUUUGCUGUGUCUGCUGAGGGAGUCUUUUUUUUUUUUUUUUCCCCUGAACUGUAAUGAAAAUUAUUUUGGACUCCAUUGCAGACUUCAGGUCUUACACCACUGUAACACAGGAAAUAGUUGAACCAAUGCAGACAUAUUAAAUCAUGCAAUCAUGGGCAUAAAACACACCUUUUACGAGGUGCCUGUUGAAUCUGUUGCCGCAUUAGACCUAACCUUAUGAGGUACUGCAUGCCCUUGGCUCCCCUUGGCACUGCAGAAUUUGAAUGGGGGAAAGGGGUUAGUGCUUCAUAGAACUGGACUCACUACGCGUACUACCGAAUACCAAACUUGCCAGAAAAUGUCGUCUUUUCCCUGAGUGCCUCAGACCUCUGUUGCUGUUAAGAGUAUCAAUGCGAUAACGUUUUCAUUACCUUUAUUUUUAAUUAUGUGGUAAAGUGACCUGAAACGAUGCAUAUAGAGUGUGUGUAUGUGUGCACAUGUGUGUGCGUAUAGAUUUUAACUAAACAGACUGUAGUACUUGAGUGGAAUUACUUGCGUUGAAUGAGAUGUAAUGUAAUGAGAUGACUAUCCUGGAGGUUUGCCCACCGUAUCACUCACCUGAAUGGUUACAACUAUCUUGCGUUUUCUGUGUGUGUGUGUGUGUGUGUGUGUGUGAUGGGAGGGCUUCAUUUUUCAUCUAUAAAAUAAAAGUUGCAGCUGCUUUUAAUGGAAAUUACAUUUUUGUGAUUAAAAAAACAGACGUAGCGUUCUCAGUUAUAUCCUGGUUUGCUUGCAGUAGUGCAAACCUUACUGGUAGAUGCAUGCAACCAGUUAAAAAUCAUGCUUAAACCUGUGCAUGCCUCAUUUGAAUACUUCUUUGUCUUUGCACGAAUACAACCAUAUUUAGCACUGCAAGUGCCAAUCUCUGAUACUGUGCAUUUCUGCCUAUCAAUUGAAAUCACAGUAACAAAACUGUCUCUGCUGAGUUAAUAAUAAUAUUACAGUAUACUUAAACAAGUGAAAAGUUCCGUCAUCACCUAUCGAUACCUGUUGAACAUGAGAUAACGCAUCAUUCUGAGGAACUCUUUGUUGUUGUUCCCCACUAUUUUGUUAAAUCAUUCCCUCCGUCCCCUCCCCCUGCACCCAUCCAGGUAUAGCUUUGCUUGACCAUUACACGUUGGACUUGUGCUGGCUGGAUGUGGAAAGUGGUCUAUUUUUUAUUUUUCCAGAAGUUGCUAUUUGCUUUUAGAAAAAAGUUUGCAUCAACUUUCUAAUGGUGCUUUUUAAAAACUGUAUGCACUCCUACCAAAAACAAAACCAUGCAAUUUGUUUUUAAGCAAUAUCUAGAAACAUUUUCCCUUUACUGCCGUUUCCAGCUCCGAAAUCAUAUAGGAGCUAAGAGCGUGGAAAUGUUUCAUGCUGUUUCUGCAAAUUGACCUGAGUAUUUAAAGAGAGAGUUGAUAGCUAACACUGAAUAAAAAUAACAGCAUGAAGACAAGACAACCAAAAGGCUGUACUGAGGAGGAGCAAAGUGAAAUUUCUGUGCUGCUGUUGCAUCUCUUACAUGACAGCCAGCCAAGUGAUUUCAUGUACUGUCAUUUGGUGGAAACGUUUUGUCCCUUGACAUUCUUAGAUUUGGCAAGUUGGUGGCUUAGUGCAAUACCCUCACGAUAAGACGACUGUGUGAGGAAGAACUCUUGUGUUAAUGUAUCCUUCUGUUAGCUGAACAAAUUCAGAGGAUACUUCAAAGACUCUGCAUUUCAGCUGCUUUGCAGGACAAAGUGGAUGGAAAACAGCUGCACAAUGCCCAAAACAUCAAUUCUUCAGGCUGCGAAGAAGCUGAAAGUCUUUCAUCUGAGUUCUUCAACAUCAUUAAAUGCCUUUUUUUCAUUGUUGUUGACGUAUCCUGGGAUUACAUGACUCGUUUUCCACAAACACAAAGUUGUAGAUCCACUAAUGCGGUAAUAUAAAACAGACAGUGGGGUUGUACAAUCUUGAUUUAGUGUGUGCAACCUAAAGAAACAAUUGUUACAAUGUAAAAUACCUUAAUUCUGUUAAAUUCAGUCAGGGGUGUAGUUUUGCUGAGAUGUUGAGCUUAAAAGCUACUAACGUAUUAUUGAUGCCAUCCUAUAGUUACAGGGUGCUGUAGCUGGAACUGGUUAUUGAGCGGUUUUCACUGAACUCUAAUGUUCAACCAGAGUUUCUGGAGCUACAAGGUACUGAGAAUCACUUCAUUGCUGUUUCAGAUGGCUCGCUUUCCAGGUACAUGUUCACUUUGUAUUUCUUCUGGAUGCUCAAAAUUGACUUCUUAUGACGUUCACAUGA